AUGGCGUUCGCUUCCGCUGCUUCUAUCGCCCUGGCGCCUGCCGCCACGGUCGCCUGCGUUUCGUCCAAGAGCUCUUCACUAGCAGCUCGCAGCACUGCAGCUUUGGCCCUUCCGCUUUCCACAUCCUUCCGCGGGCUCCAGGUCGCUUCGGCGAAGAAAUCCGCUCGGGUUACCCUCCAGCCGCUUCGCAGCAGCGUUCGAGCCAACGUGGUGACGGAGCCAGCGACCAAGAUCAACUUCCCAGUCACUCUAGCGGCCCCUGGUGGUUCCAAGAACCUCUCGUUGCUGGGAACUGGGGUGCGGGAGAAGAAGCUUGGGCCCCUGGCGGUGAAGGUGUAUGGAGUGGGUGUAUACGCUGAACCGCAGCUGCUGGAUGUGCUGGCGGGCUGGAAGGGCAAGCCUACCGACAAAGCCUUCUUCGAUGCCGUCGCCUCCACGCCGUGUGAGAAGGCCAUAGUGAUUGUCCUGGCGCGCAACGUGGGGUCAGACCAGUUCUGGAACGCCCUCACAGAGGAGCUCGCCCCACGCCUCACAGCAGCUGGGGAGGGCCUGGGUGACUUGGAGGCGUUCGGACAGCUGUUCAAGGAGAGGUCGCUUAAGAAGAACACUGGGGUGUACAUCACCUGGCGUCAGCCAUCUACACUUCAGGUGGCAUUUGCUGACGAUGUGACUGCUGGGGGAGCUCCCUCUGCAGCUUCAGCCACUUUUGAGUCGCCCGGGCUUCUUGCUGCCCUCUUUGACAUCUACUUGGGUUCAGCUGCAGAAGCUUUCCGCUACCAGAUCCUGAGCAACAUGAAUCCCGAAUAUGAUUACUUGUUCAAGUUGUUGCUGAUUGGUGAUUCUGGAGUCGGAAAGUCCUGCCUCCUUUUACGAUUCGCGGACGAUUCCUAUCUCGAAAGCUACAUCAGUACAAUCGGAGUUGACUUUAAAAUCCGUACUGUCGAGCUCGACGGCAAGACUAUCAAGCUUCAAAUUUGGGAUACUGCAGGUCAGGAGCGUUUCAGAACGAUCACAAGUAGUUACUACCGCGGUGCUCACGGCAUCAUUGUUGUUUACGACGUCACAGAUCAGGAAAGCUUUAACAAUGUAAAGCAAUGGUUGAACGAGAUUGACCGUUACGCCAGCGAGAACGUUAACAAGCUCUUGGUCGGAAACAAGUGCGACUUGACAAACAAAAGGGUUGUGGACUACGCGACUGCAAAGGCAUUUGCAGACGAAAUUGGCAUCCCAUUCUUAGAAACGAGUGCGAAGAAUGCCACAAACGUCGAGCAGGCUUUCAUGACCAUGGCUGCUGAGAUCAAGAACAGGAUGGCGAGUCAGCCAGCCCUCGGGAACAAGGGUGGUGGUCAGACUGUGCGCCCUGGAGAAAGCAGGCCGUUGCAACAGAACACCAAUUGCUGCUAG